GUCACGCGCAGCGACUGUGGAACCUGUCCAUGUGGAAAAGUUGAAGUGUUGCUCGUAGCGAACUGUUACAGAAAAUUAGGCAAAAUUUAGUAGCUACACCAUUAUUCUCAGCAUGGCAAGUGAGCAGGAGGUGGCUGCAGUCGGCAAGAUUCUUGUCAACCCAAAGCAGGACCUAACAACACGGUUCAGAGCUCUCUUCACCCUGCGUAACCUGGGCGGACCAGAGGCCAUCGAAUGGAUCAGUCAGACCUUUGUUGAUGACUCUGCUCUGUUGAAACAUGAGCUGGCAUACUGCCUGGGCCAAAUGCAGGAUGAGAGGGCCAUCCCCACGCUAGAAACUGUUCUAAAAGACACAACACAGGAGCCUAUGGUCAGGCAUGAAGCAGGGGAAGCAUUAGGAGCUAUUGGGAACAUCAAGGUCCUUGACUUACUGAAAGAGUACUCAGAGGACCCAGUCAUCGAGGUGGCAGAGACGUGCCAGUUGGCUGUUAGGCGGCUGGAGUGGCUGAUAUCUGGUGGGGACCAGAAAGGAGAGAAGGGCACCGAUGGAAACCCCUACUGUUCUGUGGACCCUGCUCCCCCAGCCCAGAGGAAGACUGUCCAUGAGCUGAGGACACAGCUCCUGGAUGAGAGCCUACCACUGUUUGAGCGCUACAGGGCCAUGUUCGCCCUCCGCAACCUGGGCACAGAGGAGGCUGUCCUGGCUCUAGGAGAUGGUCUUCAGUGUAGCAGUGCCUUGUUCCGCCAUGAGAUCGGCUACGUCUUGGGUCAGAUCCAGCACCCAGCCAGCAUCCCCCAGCUGCAGGCAGCCCUGGAGCUGGACGGGGAGAACGCCAUGGUGAGACACGAGUGUGCCGAGGCCCUGGGAUCCAUCGGGAAGGAGGAGUGUAUGAAGAUCCUAGAGCGCUACAGGAAAGACACAGAGCGCGUGGUGAAGGAGAGCUGUGAGGUAGCCCUGGACAUGCUGGAGUAUGAGAACGGCACACAGUUCCAGUACGCUGACGGACUACUACGACUGCAGGGGGAGCAGUAAGGGCCAAACAGCAAGCAUGGACACUAGGAGAACUGCUAUACAGCACUAUAAGAGCUUUCCACUGAGGUCAUAACUCAUGAUCACUGAAACCCAUUUUCACUUAUUGAAACCAUCUGACUCGCCUGUCAUUAUUAGCCUUAAUGAGACAAGGCAGUGUAAUAAUUGUAUUACAGUACAUUCGAAGACCUGAUUGUCAAUCAAAGGUUGUUAAUCCACUUUUCUGCUCUGUCGUAUUCGCAUAGAUUUCUAUCUCGACGGAAAUAAAGACUUAGGGAACAACA